AAUGUGAAUGCCAAAUCGGCCCCCACCCCCUCUCUCUGCUUUUCUUGGUCAUCGUCUUCCCCACUGAGACUUGUGAUUGAUCUGUGAGUUUUACUUGGCAUCUUGCUGGGUUCCAAGGAUCCGUGUCCAGCCGAGUGAACGCAUUUUUACUUAUAUUUGUCAGUGAAUUGUAGGAGCUUUGGGGACCAAUUUUGUUGAAUAUAUAUAUAGAUUACUAGUGGAAGAGCUCUAGCUUUGGAAGAUAGUGCAAGUGUGGUGUUGAUUGGUUCCUGAGACAGAUAGUUGAAAAUGGCCGGAGGAGGGGAAGGAGAGACAACGCUUGAGUUCACUCCCACUUGGAUUAUCGCCGGCGUUUGCACCGUCAUCGUCGGAAUCUCCCUCAUCGUCGAACGCCUCAUUCACUUCACCGGACAGUAUUUGAAGAAAAAGAACCAAAAGCCUCUUUUUGAAGCUCUACAGAAGGUGAAAGAAGAGUUGAUGCUGUUGGGGUUUAUUUCCUUACUGUUGACUGUGUUUCAAAGUGCUAUAGUGAAGAUAUGUGUGAAAGAGAGUCUGACGCACCACCUCCUUCCUUGUAAGUUACCGGCAAAAUCCUCCUCCGGGGAAGAGUCUUCCUCUUCCGCUUCCGGUCAUCGGCGAUUGCUCGCUGAAGGAUCUGAGGAGCUUCAGUACUGUCCUAGCAAGCAUAAGGUCCAACUGGUGUCAGUUGAAGCAUUGCAUCAUCUACAUAUCUUUAUCUUUGUGCUAGCUGUUGUCCAUGUGACCUUUUGCGUUCUUGCUGUCAUAUUUGGAGGGGCAAAGAUACGUCAAUGGAAACAUUGGGAGGUUUCAAUUUUGGAAAAUGAAGAUGGCACAGAACAUGUUUCAAAACAGAAGGUUACCCAUGUUCAGCAACAUGAGUUCAUCAAAGGUCGUUUUCUUGGUUUUGGUAAAAUUUCAGCUCUCACAGGCUGGGUGCAUGCCUUUUUCAAGCAAUUUUAUGGAUCCAUCACCAAAUCUGACUACAGGACAAUGAGAAAGGGUUUUAUCAUGACACAUUCCAGGGGGAACCCAAAGUUUAAUUUUCACAAGUACAUGAUCCGUGCACUUGAAGAUGAUUUUAAGGAAGUUGUUGGAAUAAGUUGGUACUUGUGGGCAUUCGUGGUCAUCUUCUUGCUGUUGAAUAUUAAUGGAUGGCACACGUACUUUUGGAUGGCUUUCAUUCCAUUUAUUCUUCUACUUGCUGUGGGCACUAAGCUAGAGCAUGUGAUCACGGAGUUGGCUCAUGAGGUUGCGGAGAAAAAUAUUGCAAUAGAAGGCGAGCUAAUCGUUAAACCUUCAGAUGAUUACUUUUGGUUCCACCGGCCCCGCAUUAUCCUUUACCUGAUACACUUUGUACAAUUCCAAAAUUCUUUUGAGAUGGCAUUUUUUUUCUGGAUAUGGGUUCAAUAUGGUUUUGACUCUUGCAUAAUGGAAAAUAUCCGUUUUAUUAUCCCCAGGGUGGUUGUAGGGGUAAUCAUUCAAGUACUCUGCAGUUAUAGCACCCUACCACUCUAUGCCAUUGUGACACAGAUGGGAAGUUGUUUCAAAAAGGCUAUAUUUGAUGAUCAUAUGCAUGCACAUAUUGUUGGUUGGGCUGAGAAAGCAAAGAGGAAGAAACAGAUGAAGGCUGUAGCUGGUGGCUCGGGCGAAAGAGAUUCAACUAAUGGUUCUAAAAUGGGAAUUCUGCUGCAAAAGGUUGGCCGCAAGGGAUCUGCACCAGAUGAGAUUCAGCCCACAACUGGUGCUCAAGGAAGUAAUAGAUCCGCAGAUGCUGAAGGUGUAUGACUUUGGCACAAGCUCUUCUCUCGGGUAAAUCUGGUUGGUUUUGUCCGAGUAGGCCCCUGAUAUAUAUUGUUUAUAGUUAUGUUGAAUCUUGUGUUGGUAUGGUAUGUAAUGGGAAAAAAAAAAAAAAAUUACAUCAAGUAUGCCAUUUGUUGGCUGAUUUUAGUUUUUAUGGUUAUUACUCACUAUCUUUUCGGGUGAAAGCAAGCCGGUAUCUAAUGGCAAGUUCUUGGGUUUGAUUUC